AUGACUCAACCAAAAAGACAAUCAUCUAAAAAGUGGAUUUUUCGCCUUUUGCUUCGGUUAACGCUGUUGGCUUUUGUCUCGCAGUCAUAUGCAGCAGAACCGAAAAAACUCGCUUCAAGAGUUGUGACUACCAAGUAUGGAUCAUUACGUGGUUAUGUGACCACGUUGCCCAAUAGGCAAUGGCGGCCCGUCGAAAUAUACCUGGGGGUGCCUUACGCAAGCCCCCCAAUGGGUUCGUUGAGGUUCAUGCCACCAGUUACUCCCGCACAUUGGAGAAGUGUCCGGAUGGCGGAUCGCUUCAGUCCAGUCUGCCCACAAAAGUUACCAGACAUCAAAAACGAAACAGAAGCUUUGAAACGCAUGCCGGCAGGAAGGUUAGAGUACCUCAAGCGGUUAAUUCCACUCUUACAAAACCAAAGUGAAGAUUGCUUGUACCUCAACAUAUAUGCACCAGCUCUAGAUUACUUUGGGACACAUUUCCGAUUUGCUCAGCUUAUUCUCAUGGUGAUAAAAAGCUAA